GGCAAGUACGACGCUUAAGGUUCUGGGUCCCUUACGGUCAUGGCGGCUACUGCCCCCAGUGCCGGGGCUUCAGCUGCGGAGUCGGCGACUUCCGCCGAAGCUCCGCUGCAAUACAGCCUUCUUCUGCAGUACCUGGUGGGCGACAAGCGUCAGCCCCGGCUCCUGGAGCCUGGCAGCCUGGGCGGGAUCCCGAGUCCCUCCAAGAGCGAGGAGCAGAAGAUGAUCGAGAGGGCGAUGGAAAGUUGCGCCUUCAAGGCUGUGCUAGCCUGCGUGGGAGGAUUUGUCUUGGGAGGUGCGUUUGGGAUCUUUACUGCCGGCAUUGAUACCAAUGUAGGCUUUGACCCUAAGGACCCUUACCGGACACCAACUGCAAAAGAAGUUCUGAAAGACAUGGGACAAAGAGGAAUGUCCUACGCCAAAAAUUUUGCCAUUGUGGGCGCAAUGUUUUCGUGUACUGAGUGUUUAGUAGAAUCUUACCGGGGAAAGUCAGACUGGAAGAACAGUGUCAUCAGCGGCUGCAUCACUGGAGGAGCCAUUGGUUUCAGAGCUGGUGUAAAGGCCGGGGCCAUAGGUUGUGGAGGUUUUGCUGCUUUCUCUGCUGCAAUCGAUUAUUACCUACGGUGAAAGAAAUGGCCUGAAAGGAAGGAGGAUGCCAGCCACCUUCAGAGCUGUUCUUUGGAGCACUUUCUACACACUUGGCAUUGCUUCAGGGGCGAAGCCAGUUGUUUCCCUCUCGGUGAUAUGAGGAAACUACCUUGUUGUUCUUUGCCUCCAGCCAUUGGAGCAGCUGUACUUUUCUACUUCUGAAUUCCAACCAGGUUUUUCAGGGUAGAUUGCCUCCUUGCAGUAAAAAGACCAGGAGGCAGUGUGUUGACUGUUAAGAAUUGAGCUCAGCCCAGGCUCAGUCCUGACCUCACUUGGCUCUCCAGCUGUUAAUAGGGAGGUGGCAGUAUGUUUGCCCAUAGCCGGGAAGUUCUUCCGCCUUGAAACUCUAUGCAGGCAUUCAUCUUGAAUACCAGGGCAGGACAAAGUAAACUUAGGCCAUCCAGGAAAGUAUGUCCUUUCAGUUAGUAUCUUUGCUAUCCUUGUUAAAAUGCGUAUACGGGGGCUGGUGAGAUGGCUUAAUGGUUAAUAGCACUGGCUGAUCUUCCAGAGUUUGGUUCCUAGCACCACAUUAUGGCUCACAACAAUCUGUAACUCUAGUUCCAGGGAUCCAAGGUCCUCUUCUGACCUCUGAGGGCACCAGACACUGCUACAUAGACACACACACAAGCAAAAUAUCCAUUUUUGCUUUCUUUUUUAAAGAACGUGUGUACUGUUAAUAGUUAUUUUUCAGAUUUCACAUCUCCCAUACAUGAGGCCAGGUAGCCCAAAGAGUGACAGUUCAAUGGAGAGACUGGGAAGCCUCUAAAGAACUCUGGGAAUGCUAGUCUCAGGGUUUGUGGAAACUGUACCUUUGUCACCAGUCAUUCUGUCAGCCAGGACUCUCCCCAGAAGCACAGUCUAGUUAUGUUCUCAGAUGUACUGCAAUAUGCUGGUAACUUUUCUGCCUCCUUAGAGAAUCCCAGUGGGCUGGCUGAUGGUCAUGCAUGCAGCUUGCUGAACCAGUGGUCUCAGGCCCCAGCCCAGUUUAAAGAUACAUGCGUAUCUUGCUGUGGUUAUCCUGCUAGCUCAAUCACCGUAACCACUAGCCCAGAUGAAAUGUGGAAGACCUGCUUACCACCACACUUGUUCUCCAUUAAGUUUUUCUUUGGCUUUAGUUUUUCACUUCAACAGUUGAGCCCAUGGCAGAAAACUAGCCUUUUAUAUUUGGGUUGUGUCACUGAACUACUUCACUACAGUGUGUGGUGAAGAAGGAAUAAGGGACUCGGUCCUGCCCUACUGUCAGCUGUGUAGGAGGCUCAGCAAGGCCUGUGAUUGAUGAUAUCAAAUCCAGAGUACUUCCUUGGAAUGGUGUAAGUCAGUGCACAGGGCUCAUGUUCUUCCCUGCUGAAUCCUUUCAUCCAUUCAUUUUGCUAAGGAAAGAACCCAAGGCUUAGAAUACGCUUUUAAUCCCAGCACUCCACAGACAGGCAGGCGGAUCUCUGAGUUUGAGGCCAGCCUGGUCUACAGAGAGAAUUUCAGUAUAGCCAGAGCUACUUAAUGAAACCCUGUCUCGAAAAAACGAAAAAGAAAAUACCCAAAGCUUCGUACAUGCUAGGCAAGUACUCUUAUUAGUGAACCCCCUGCCUCUAGCCCCCAGUGAAUUAAUUCUGUAUGAUACUUGCCCUAUUUUCUUAAGCAUGAGGCUUCGUUACUGAAAGACCAGUUGGAGCAUAGGGGUGUUUCCAAUACUACCUGUGAAUUCUUCAUCUAGGAACAUCUUGAAGCAAAGAUGGUUUCUACCUGGUACCUGUCAAAGGGCUCAGGUGCCUAGGAUCUUUGACCAGCUGGUCUUCCACAUGAAUCCCAAUAUAAGAAAUGUUGCCAUCACAACUGUCUUGGCAAAGAGGAGCCUCCAGGCUGUCAGUAGACACCAGUUGAACAAGACAAGCCUUGUCCACGUGGACUGUUCAAUCAAGAGAUAAAUAGCUUCCUGUUUUACAUGGCUGGGGGGGUCAGUAUGAGCGCAUAAACCAAACAGUAAUUUGCAGACACAUCUGUUCCUGAUCUUCGGAAUAAACAGUGUCCAAUGGCU